AUGCCUGGGCGCCUGAGCGUGGGGAAGCUCUACGAGUUUCGCCUCAUGAUGACGUUCAGUGGGCUCAACCGGGGCUUUGCCUAUGCCAAGUACAGCAACCGGCGCAGUGCCAAGGUGGCGAUCACCGCCCUCAACAACUUUGAGGUUCAGGAAGGCUGUACCAUCCUGGUAUGCAAGAGCACAGAGAAGUGUGAGCUGAGUGUGGAUGGCCUGGCCACCUCGCUGAGUCGGAAGCGCCUGGAGGCCAUGCUGCAGGAGGCUGCUGAGGGUAUCCUCAGCAUCACUCUGUAUACCAGCCCAUACCAGAAACGGGCCCAGCUUGCAGUGCUGAAGUACAACUCGCACCGGGCUGCUGCCAUGGCCAAGAAAAGCCUGAUGGAAGGGAAUAUGAGGCUCUAUGAGGAGGAGAUGAGGGUGGACUGGCUGAAACCUGACCUGAAACAAAAACUGCGAUCCAGUGAGAAGCCACUGGCCAUCUGGGUGUCACGUGGCAAGUCUUCAGGGAGCACCAAGCAAGCGCAGGUGCACCUGUCUCCGGUGUUGUGCAACGUGUUGGACCGUCUGGACGCCCUGUGCCAGAGGCGACACCUAGGGGCCCCCUUGUUCUUCACAAAGUGUGUCCAGGCAAACCCCGAUGGUUGGCUGCGAUUUUGGUGCCAAGUGGUGAUCCCGGCGUACCCACUGCCCUUCAGUGGGUUCACAUGGGUCCGGCAGGAUGUGCCGGGUGCCAGCGGGCAUGACAAGGCAAAGGAUGUGCUGGCGCUGCAGGUGCUCAGGAUGCUAGGAUGCCGGCUGGCCUAGGCGGUCGUCCCACCUGAACCAUGGGCCGAUCCUGAACCAUUGCUUACUCAUCACCAGCCCACAGGAGCAGGAUGCAGGCCCAGCCGGGGAUGCGGUCCUGUUUGUUUUGGUUUGUUUGUGUUUGAGAGCUGGCUCUGGAGGAUGGAGGUGUAGUCACAGUCCGUGAUGGCUUCCCCAUCCUCAGCUGGCAUUUGGUUCUGUUCUGUUCUUGGGGGUAUAGGUUUUACUCACCUGGUUUGGCAGUUUUUUAACUGGUUUGUGUUGCUCUGUGCUGGUGGGGAAGCCCAGUGUAGGUCCUGGGAGAAGAGGAAAUUGGAGGGACUCCUGGCAGUGGGUGAAGACCAAGAAGCCUUAGGGGACCUCCCGGGCUGGCCUAGGAUCAUGGGCACCGUGCGUGGCCUUGGCUCUCCUCUGCUAGCAUGCCUGGUAUCCAACGAACAGCCUGGCUGAUGGCGUGAGGCUGAUGUUCAAGAUGGGGACAGGGCUGUGCAUGGGGACUGUCCUGGUAAAGGAGGUAUGUCCCAUUGGCUGGCAGAGCUGUUUUUUAACUAGGAGAGCGUCUGCAGGCUCUUGGAGGUGUGGAGCUGUUCAUAUCCCUGGGCUGCGAGAAAGCAGUGCUGGGGUUA